AUGAAAAUCAAGACUCUUGUAGCAACUAUAACAGUUGCUUUGGGUCUGGCAUUUGCAACUGUCAUAAAUGCAAAAACUUCUUACACAAAUUCGAACAAUAUAACCUUAGACUAUCUUACUGUGAAUGAGGGGGUAUAUCUUUCAAUUGAAGACUCCCUUUUUGUUUCCCUUGAAGGAUCUGUUAACAAUGCCGGUGGAUUCUAUGUUACAAGCAGUUCAGCCACUUCAGUUUUACUAACUGGUAAGCAUUUUGAAAACUCUGGAACAGUUGCCUUCAAAUCCUUGUCAGCAAACGCACUCUCAUCAUUUAAAGUUGCUGCAUCUGGAUCUUUUCUAAACACUGGAAAUAUGUACUUUCUUAUAUCUAGUGCAAAUUUGGUGGAAACGCCAUUUAAUGUCUCUUCUAUGACCUCAUGGACCAACAGCGGUAUGAUGUUCUUCCAAACAGACUUCAAAAUUAGUCCUACAUUAUAUCUUGGGAAGAUUCAAAGUGGUGUUUCUUCCAUAACAAACAGUAGGGUAAUUUGCUUAUCGAACAUAGACUGGUUAACAACGACAAGCAUUUAUGGAAGUGGCUGUAUCUCUGUGGGCGUUACAUCAAAACUAGAAUUUCAAAUGUUCCUGCAAGCCCUGCAUCACUCUAUAUCAAAAACUCAAACUAUAUACUUAGCAUCCUCUAGCUCUUCUUUGACUAUUCUUGGUUUAGCUUUCGAUUCUGAUUCUUUCGUCAUCAUCAAAGUUGCCGGAUUUGGAGGGGGAAAUAUAAUUGAGGUUGAUUAUGCGUUCACUAAGCAUACGUAUGACGAUAUUACGGGUAUUCUUAGGCUUUUGUUGUCACCCUUGUCUGAAGUUGGAUUUAAAAUUGGCCAAGGAUAUGAUUAUUCCUUGUUGAAAGUAUCAAAAGAUGGCCAGGGCAUUUUCUACGAUGGCCCAGCUCCCAAAAGCCGACCAGAUGAAUGCUCAUGUAUUUCAUUGUUUUUCUGA